GUUACAUUGUCUUCGAAUGCUGCGAAGGCGUCGAGAGAAUGGUGCCGGCAAACUCAUCGGUCUUGAAACGAGUGCGAUCCUGGGGUGCCGACCGCAACAAGCACUCCCUCGUGGUCAGACGCGUUGAUAAGUCUACUUGCAAAAUGGCGACCAUUUCGUGUGUCAAAAGGAAGGUUAAGCGUUUGGCGGCACUGAUAAAGAGUCAUGUGGUGACCGAUAAACUCUCCAUGCAGACGACACUUUGUAAGAACUUGAACGCCAACAGUGACGUCACUAAGCAUUUUGCAAAGGACUUACAAAGCUUCGUGCCGGACGAGCUUCAUGGAAAGUUGUCCGUCAUGAAGCGAUUUAUUCGAGACUCAGAAUUCUACAAUCAUCGCAAGCGGGCUGACGGCGCAGACGACACGUUUUUAACACUUCCGGCGAGGACGCGUGGUGACGGUCAGGACGAAGAUGACAGAGUUGUUCCGCUCAACAGGACGUUCUUCAAAUACUGCAACAUGGACAUUGCGUUUUUGGACGAAACGUGUGCAGAGCGUGACGUAAGUGAAUUGAAUCAGGAUGAAAUUUAUGCCGCCAUGAUGUCGGAUUCAGAGAGCGCUUUCGGCGACGACAGCGACUGCAGCAGUGUUUGUGACCUUGAAAAGAAUGUGUCUUACUUCAGCGAAGUUGAUGAUGUCAUGGAAAGUUACAUGGUUACCAUUGUAGAAGCUGGUGUACAGAGUGACGAAGGGUUCAGCUCGACGGGAAGUGAUGACAAAUAAUUUAUUGUAAACAAUGCUGAAUCAACUGUUAUUGUUUUGUUAUUUUGUUGUUAUAUAUAUAUUGAUCUACUCAAUACUUUUUUGUGCAUAAAUAAAUGACGAAUUC